AUGAGUUCUUCUACCUCUCUUCCACCCUUCUCAAUUUCUUCUUCUUUUUCUUCAACCCAUGUUUCCUUGCUUCCUUCGUUCACUCCCUCCUGCUUCUCGCAAACCCACUCAAUCUCAACCACUUCCACAUUUAAACUGCAACGCUUCUCAUUUUCUUCUGUCAAAGGAAGAAGAAAGUUCCCAACUUUACCAUUUUCAUCCACGAAAAAGCUCGUUGUAAGAGCUGCUGAGUACAAAUUCCCUGACCCAAUUCCCGAAUUCGCAGAUGCCGAGACGGCAAAAUUCAAAAGUCAUCUCCUACAAAAGCUUUCAAAGAAGGAUAUCUACGGAGAAUCUGUUGAGGAAGUUGUAGGAAUUUGCACUGAGAUUUUUGGCACUUUCUUACACUCGGAAUAUGGAGGUCCUGGUACACUCUUGGUCCUUCCUUUCGUGGACAUGGCCGAUACCCUGAAUGAACGAGGAUUUCCUGGUGGACCAAUAGCUGCACGUGCUGCUAUCACAUGGGCACAAGAUCAUGUGGACAAAGACUGGAAAGAAUGGAAUAAAGCUGAUAACAAAUAA